AUGCGUUUGGUCGACGUUGCAUUCGCAUUGCUGUUGGUGUCCGAAGGCGUCUUUGCAGCACCGAAACCGCGAGGCAGACGAGGCGAAGCUCUUGCCAUCACACUUAUUCCCCGGGAGUUCAGCGACUUUGCGAAACGAAACAAGCCCUCGCCUCAACAGGUCGCCGCCAACGGACGCGCAUGCGGGAACACUAUCAGACAAGGAGUUUGCGAUAAUGGAAGGUGCGGAAACUUUGUCGCUCCUACUGGCUUUGAGGUAGUGCCAGGCGCCGAUUCACAAUGCGGAGGAGUAAGCCGGGCAUAA